GUUUAUUUUGCUGAGUAAAAAAACUUGUUCACUCCAGCAAAAGCCGGCAAAUAAACAUAUUUUAAUAGGAGUUAACAGAAAUGGCUGCGACGAAAUUAGUUCAGUACGUUAUUGUGAAUGGAGAAAUCGCUAAAAGUUGGCCCAAGGGAGCUAUUAUUGCUCAGUGUUGCCAUGCGGUGGCUGCUGUAGGCCAUUUGUAUGCAUCAGACCCGGACACGCAAGAAUAUUUCCAGGAUUUGGAUAAUAUGCACAAAGUCGUGCUUGAGGCACCGGACGCGGCUAAACUCGUUGGCCUGGGCGAGGUAUUGCGACAGAACGAUGUUAAGCAUAAGGUUUGGAUAGAGCAGCCGGAAAAUCUGCCAACGUGCAUUGCUCUAAAGCCGUACCCGAAGGAGACGGUACAGAAAUAUAUGAAGAAAUUUAAAUUGUUAAGUUAAUCGAAAGCACCGUUAAGCUGUUAAGUCAAUCAAAAGCAGAAUCGACAAUUAAAAGGUACGCCGCAUGGCCUGGUAACU